GAAUGACUGAUAAGAGAUUGACCUUUUUUUUUCAAAAGUUCACGUCUUUAGAAAUUCAAUUUAGUCCUUUUUUUAGGACAUAUUUUGAAAUGAAUUUAUAAUAUUUUGAAAGUAAAAACUUCAAGCUUUGGAAUGAAGUAAAUAUUAUAAUUAUUCACCAGAUGUUCAUAGAUGAAAAUGUUGAACUGAAAUUUGUCAAUUUCCAUACAAGAGAACUGAAACUGAAUGGCUGAAUUCAUUCGAGGUGGUGCUAGUCUUCCACAUAGAGAUAAGAUUAAUAAUUAUAUGAAUAAUGGUUGUGAUGAUGGAUUAGACUCGAUAUUACCUCUAGAAGAAUUUGAUCCGUUUGUCAACGAAACCGAAGAUGACACUGUUGAUAAUGGUUCCAUUUCAGCACCUCCAGAUUACUUAUGGUAUCAUGGUCGCUUGGAUCGUUACUUGGCCGAGGAAAGAUUAUACCAGGCUAAUAAAAUUGGCAGUUAUUUGACCCGAGAAAGUGACAGAAAACCUGGAUCCUAUGUAUUAUCUUAUUUAGGAAAGACUGGAAUUAAUCACUUCAGAAUUACAGCAGUUUGUGGAGAUUUCUAUAUAGGAGGGAGGCAAUUUGAUUCUUUAUCCGAGCUGAUUGCCUACUACACUCAUCGAUCUGAUCUCUUGAAAAGAGAACGUUUAAUAUACCCUGUCGCACCCCCAGAACCAGUUAAUGAUAAAAAAAGAAUAGUUGCAAUUUUACCAUACACAAAAAUGCCGGAUACCGAUGAAUUAACGUUUCAAAAAGGUGACAUAUUUUUCGUUCACAAUGAUAUGGGUGAUGGUUGGUUAUGGGUCACAGCUCAUCGAACUGGCGAACAAGGACUGAUAUUUCGCGAGCUAGUUCAAGACCUUGAUGAAAACAUCGAUCCCAAUACCGUAUUCAAUUGGUUUCAUCCAAAUCUUAUAAAAUCCGAUGCUGUUGAUUUACUCAUUAAAGCUGGUCCUGGAAGUUUUCUCGUCAGACCUAGUGAUAAUUCACCCGGCGAUUAUUCUCUAUUCUUCCACAUUAACAAUCAGAUACAGAGAUUUCGAAUCGAAAAACGAGGUGUUCGAUACCUAAUGGGAGGACGUACAUUCGAGUGCUUGGAUGCUGUAAUUAAUCGUUACUGUAAAGAACAAAUUGUCGAAGGACAUACAUUAGUGUUACCUGUUUGCAGAACAACCUCUGAAACUGAUGCACCUGUAAAACCAAAAGAAAUCCAACAAGCUGAAAAAAUUUAUACUACUUUGAGAGAGUGUCGAGAACAAGUUGGUUUGAAAAAAAUGAAAGGAAUGAAAAUGCAGGGAUAUCUGUUCAAAAAAAGUGAAAAGAAUAAAAAAUGGAAAUCUUUGUACUUUGUAUUGAUUUGUUUUGAUGGAAACAGUACCGGAGGUGGCAGUGGCACCAGUGGUUCUACCGAUACUCAUCUUUAUUUUUACGAUAAUCCAAAACGAACAAAACCCAAAGGUUUAGUUGAUUUAAGUUGUGCAUACUUAUAUCAAGUCGACGAUAGUGUAUUCGAUCGGCCGCAUUGCUUCCAAUUAGUUGAACGAGCCCUUCCAUGUCUGGCUACAAUCACGUAUUUAUCUGCGGGCUCACUGGAGCAGUUUCAAGAGUGGAUCAGUGCAUUAAGAACCAGGUGUAUCACUCAAAUUUCGAGGUCCCCAAAGGCCCAGAAUUUAAGAGAACUACGGUGCUUGCAAUUGCAUAUUUUGGAUGCUCACAGAUUACCAUAUAAAUUAGCUCCAAAUCCGUAUUUUGUAAUAUCUUUAAAUCAAGUCAAAGUUGCCAAAACCAAAGUUAAAAACAGCGGAGAACCGUUCAAUGAUGAACAAUUUACCAUAGAUGAUGUCCCACCCGAUGUCUUGACUUUCACCAUAACUUUGUAUAAUAAAGGAAAACGAUCCAAAGACACCGAAGUAGCAGAAUUGACGGUGGAUUUGAAUACUUUAACUAAUGGAGACGAGAGCGAAGAUUGGUUCCCGCUAUCUGGUAUAACACCGAUUGGAGAAUGGGGCUCUGUUCGUUUGAGAAUCCGAUAUUUGCAUGAUUUAAUCAUGCCUAUUGAAGAAUAUUCACCUAUGUUACAAUUACUUCUUGAUCCCGAUCUUGAAGCUGUGAAAGCUCUUUCCGAUGCCUGCCAUUUGGAUCGAAUGCCUUUAGCCAACGCAUUGUUCAGAAUAUUCAGAUAUGAGCAAAAAGAAGCCGAUUUAUUGAGAUCUUUAAACGAAGCAGAAAUCGAUGAGGAAGACGAAACAUCAACGUUAUUUCGAGGUGCCUCUCUCACCACCACUAUUAUGGACCUGUACAUGAAAUCAGUCUGUACUUCAUUUCUACAGGCUGCAUUGAAGGAUACAAUUUCCAAAUUAUUGGAUAGUAAAAUAUCCUGCGAGCUGAAUCCGAGUAAAAUGGACUCCCCAGAUGAUGCUUGUGGUAAUGCAGAAUUUCUUUUGCAAGUGCUCGACGAAGUCACUUUAUCAAUAUUCAUGUCCGUUGAUGCGUGUCCAAGAACUUUGAGAUACAUUUUUGGCUGCUUACAACGAUCGGUGAUGAAUAAAUGGCCCCAUGAACGACUUGUUCGUACUCGUGUUGUCUCCGGCUUUGUAUUCUUAAGAUUAUUGUGCCCGGCGAUCUUGAAUCCGAGAAAGUUCAACCUUAUAUCAGAUUCACCAUCAUCAACGGCAGCACGUUCGUUAGUGAUGGUGGCGAAAUGUUUACAAAACUUGGCAAACCUAAUCGAAUUCGGUGGCAAAGAGCCCUAUAUGGAAGUCGUGAAUCCUUUCAUAUUGAAGAACAAAGAACGCAUGAUUAUAUUCCUCGAUCAAUUAUCAAGUGUUUCAGAGAAACCAGAUUCAAUUGAUGAUAAAAUCAAAGGCGAUUCAGCUCGAGAAUUAGCUACAUUACAUCAUAUUUGUACGUCUCAUUUGAAAGAGCUGCAGACUCUAAGUAAAACUCAGGUGUCAUUAAAGAAACUGGUAACUGUAACAGACAUGCUCAGUAAACAUAAGCAAAAAUAUUUAGAAAUUAUCAGAUAAGAGUUUUCUCAAUUAUUAGUCUGAAGAUAUGUAUGUGUUCGAUUUAAAGGACUGUUGCGAGACAAAUUUUAUAUUUAAUGUUUUUUAGAUGACGUUGCAUCACAUUUUUCUAAACAACAAAAAUUUACUUUCUUAGGAUAGUAUUUUGCAUGGAUUACUAUUUAAAGAAGUGAUUGUAUCAUUUUUUAUAUCCAUUAAAAAAAAAAUACAAAUUAGAUGGGUUAUUUAAAGUUUCGACAUUGAUCAAUGUAACUAACGAACAUAGAAAAAAAACUCAUAUUGCGUUGGUAAUAUGCGUAGUGAUAAGUUUAAUUUGGUAGAAGUUUAGAUGUUUCCUAUGUUACUAUCUAAUUAUUGUGCUCAUUUUAUUCGAGUGGCUUUUAUUGGGAUUGUUGUUUUUUUAAGUCGAUUAUAUUCCAAAUUCUAAAUGAUGACAUUGCUUUUAGAAUUAUUGCAUUUAAAAUGAACAAACCUGUAGCUUGGCUGUUUUUAUACUGUUUUAUUUUUAUGUUCAUAUUUUUCUAGUCUUUCAUCAACAUUUAAAUUUGAUGUAAUUAUUGUUUGCAAAAGUGGUAUCCGUGUUAUUUACUAACGAAUUAUCUUAAUUAUUAAUAGUGAAAUUCAAAAACUUUCAUUAACUUUAUGAUCAAAUUUGCUUUAAUGGCCUAGUUAACUGCCUAAAUUUUUUUUACCGUUCUUUUAAAUUACGUGUAUAACUGAUAUAAGUAUGACUAACAAAUAAUCAAAUAAAUAUGGAAACUGAAAUUUUGGAUUUCAUCGUCCUUUUAUAUGAAACAUUACAUUUAUAAGGUUUUAUUUUAACAGUAAAUCACAGUAAAAUAACGUCAGCAUCAAGAAAAUAAUAUGGAAAAUGCCAUUAUCACACAACAUGCUGCAACAUAUGGACUUUUACGUUCGCCGAUCCGUGCUAAUUUCCAAAAUGUCCCAAGUAAUCUGUAAUCCGACGAAAUGAAUUAAUCGUUUACGUAUAAUAAUUAUAGAAUGUUUUGUGUUGGUUUUAA